AUGAGUAGUUUAGUUAAAAAUCAAUCCUCAACUAAGAUUAACUUUAAAAAGCUGAUAAAGAAACUAAUAAUGAAAAUGAAUAGAGAGUUGGAUAAAAAUUAAGAAGAAGCUGCAUAUCAUAUAAAUCGGGGUGCGUUAGCUUGUUUUACUACGUUAUGCAACACUUUGAGUAUAAAUAAUCGAGUGAUGUAAGUCUUGAUGUUCUAAUUAGUGAAGUAAAUUUAUCAGGAUGUAACAUUAAUGUAUAUUAUGCAAUUGAGAUUAGUGGUUUAAUAUAAAAAAACACAAAUAUAUAAAUAUUAAACUUAGGAAGCUGUUUGAUAAAUUCAUUUGGACUAAGCUGUAUAUUUAAAGCAGUAUAAAUAUUAUAUAAAUAAACCAGUUAAUAGAUCAUUCAGGAUUGAAGAUCUUAAAUUUGUUUAACAAUUAAGCAUUUACAACUGCAAUAGUCCAAGAUUUUUGUAGAUAUGUUUUAUGUGGUAAGAAUUAGUUAUAAGAAAUAAAUUUAUCUCAUUGUAACAUUCAAAACUCUUUAUUAGCAUAAAUUAUGGAUAAAACUCAUCAUUUAAGUUCUUUGAGGUAUAAAAAUUCAGUAAAUAAUUUAGACGAUUAAAAUUAUCUUUGAUGUGUUUAAAUUCUGAAGGAAUUAUAGCUUUAUCAAGUAUGAUGCUCAAUUAUACAGGUAAACUAAAUUUGGAUAAUUUGGAUAUAUCAUAUAAUUAGAUAAAAAAUGAUGGAAUAGAAUUAUUAGCUAAAGGUUUAUUUAUGUCAGUUAGAUAAAUAAGAAUAAAAUCAUUGAAUUUAAAUGGAAAUCAUAUUUCUUAGACAGAAUUUUUGGAAUAAAUAAUAUUGAAAAUUUAAUUAGAAGAGUUACAUUUAGCUCAUAAUCAAAUAAUAGAAUUUUAAAAUUAAUAAGUUCUCAAUCUUAAAUUAUUAAGAGUUGAUUUAUCUUAUAAUAGAAUUGAAGAAAUACCAAAUAACUUUUUUCUAAAUGUUUUUUAUUUAAAUCUUUCUAAUAAUUAAAUUAAUACAGAAGGAGCUUAUUAAAUAAGUUAAGUGUUGAGUUCUAAUAAAGUUAAAUGGAUGUAUUUAGAUUUGACUAAUAAUAUAAUAAAAACAAAGGGAUUUAUUUCAAUUAUUUAUGCAUUGAUUGAAAAUACAAGUCUAACUAGUUUAUCUAUAUCUAAAAAUUAAAUUACUGGUGAAGGGAUUUUAGUAUAUAUUUUUAAUCAUGAAUAAAUUAAAUUAUAAUAUCUAGAUCUUUCAUAUAAUCAAUUAAGAUAUGAUUUAGUUUAUGCUUUAAUAUCAAUGAUGAAGGAAUCUAGAUUAAAAUCAUUAAUUUUAUCAUAAUUAUUUAAUGAUGAAAAUGAAAUAUAAAGUGGUAAAUAAGAUUGUUUUGAAAUUAAAUGUACUAAUUUGAAGGAAUUAGAUUUCAGUUACAAUCCUUAAAUAAUGUUACCUAUAUUAGAAUCACUUAGUAAAUAGUAUAAUAGAAUAGAAUAUCUCAAUUUAAAUGCUUGUGGUUUGAAUAACUCUAUUUUAAUUGAAAAAUUGAGUAUUCUAAUUGAAAAAACAUAUACAUUAACUACUCUAUAAAUAGCUUAAAAUCAUUUAGGUUCUUUAAAUCAAUAAUCUUUAGAAUAAUUAAGUAGUUCUUUUGGUAAGAAUUCAACAUUAUUAAAUAUUAAUUUAUCAAAUAAUAAAUUGAAAGACUCAAUCUAAUUUCUAAUAAAUGGAUUAUAAAAUUGUUGUUCUUUAAGAAAUUUAAAUAUUAGAAAUAAUUUGAUUGAUGAAAAUGNAAAUCGUCCUAUUGUCGGAUGGGUUAUGUUAAUUCGAUCAUUUGCGUAAAAUAAUUACUUUUAAAUAUAUGAGAUUUAAAAUAGUGAAUUUAUUUUUCUUGAACAGGUUAUAAUUAAUAUGAAUCACCAAAUAAGAAUACUUAUAUACCACCAAAUUAAUUAGAUGAUCUUCUACUAAUUUAUGAAUAUAUAUCCAAUAAUGAUAAAAACAUAGGAUCUAUCAUUGAUAUUUCUUCAAUAAAUAUUAUAUCAAUAUAUCGUAGUAACUUUUCGAUUGAUGUUUUAUUCUAAAAUUAAUAUCGUAGUAUUUUUUGAAAUAUUUAAUUAGUAUAAUUAAAAUUUUUGA